AUGACAAAUAUCCGGAAAGCUUACUUGGCUGAAAGGAAGAGAAAAAAUCGUUGCAGAAGACAUGCCGAUAAGCGAACGAGUGAAUUGUCCCUUACCGUUGACGAUACAGAUCGGACCACUCGGGUCGAGGCAAGCGCUCCAUCGUCCAAACCUCAGGCCAUUGGUGAUCAUCCUAAGGAAAACUUCACCCCUUCAGACAAGUCCCGUCACCAUAAAGACUCGAUAAUAUGGUGCUCAAAACGAUACAUUCCGCUCGAACUCUAUCCUCACAUUCUUGGCGAUGAGCCGGAGCGUCCACCGACUCCAUUCGAGAUUGAGUAUUGUAAUACGAAAGCAGCUCAGUUCAAGUAUUUCCACCAAGGCAAGAUUGUCAUCCACGACAAAGAUAACGAAUCGAAAAUUAUAGCCAUUGCAGAGUUCACUCGUUGGGAUGACAUAACGCCUGGCGAAGUAGAGGAAAUAGGUCAACUAACAAGUUUCCUCAAUACCGCGAAGUGCUUUGUCAAUGCUGUUGACUCUGAGGGAAGGUCUUGGGGAGGAAAUAUGUUCGCAAUUGGGUGGAGAAAGGCCAUGGUUGCAUUCGAACUAUUUGGCCGUUAUAGGAACAAUGCUGCCAUUGCAAAAGCCCCGGACGUCUACGAUAACUUGAUGCAACAGUCUCAGAAGAUCUCCAGCAUGCUCGGCCGAAUCUUCAAACGACUCGCAAACGUGGCAUUUGAUAGUAAUCAAGAGCUCAUGAAAGAAUAUGGCAUUCCCUCAAUUGGCCACCUUUCCUUUGGAAGGCCAAUCAAUGAUGAUGAUUGUGCACCCAAUCUCACUUUCACCUCGAAUCGAUUUUUCAAUUCGCCACAUUGCGACAAGGACGACCUUUCGGAAUUUGCGUUUGGCAUGUUCAUCCCAGUCAACCGGACCAAUUGGUCUAUUGGUGGGUUGAUGAGUCCGUCCAGAUUAAGUGGUGGGCAAUUUGUAUUUCCCAAUUAUCGAGUUGGAAUCGAUUUUUCUAAGCACGAUGGCUUCGUUAAGCUCGUUUGGAGAUCGAAAGAAGUCCGACAUUGUACUCUCUACUCGACAAAUGAUGAAAUGCACGACCAACUUGGAAUUUCACUACAGAUCAACAAGAAGACGGCAUCAGCUUCCCGAGACACUCACAGCGGUGCGAUCUUCAACCGACGCGCUUUCAGGGACAAACCUCGUGAUAAGUGUUACAUUGGCGACCAUGAAACUUAUGUGAAAGGUGAACGCUAA